UUUUUUUCUAGUAAUAGGAUCAGACAACAAGCCUCAAACUGAUUUUCUUCCGAACAUAAAAACGUUUAGUCACACAUUUGGCAACCACCGAGCGACCAAAACCCAAAUCACUCUCUCUCUCUCUCUCUCUCUCUCUCUCUCUCACCAAAUUCACAUUCAUUCACAAAACAUGACUCGUCCUCUGCGACUGUUAGGCGGCGCCUUUAACCCUCCCUCACUGUUUUCCGAACCCGACGAUGAACCGUCAGCCAACAUGGGCUCCGACUCCGCUUUGAUCCUCCUCGCUCUCUUCUGCGCUCUCGUCUGCGUCCUCGGCCUCCUCGUCGUGGCUCGCUGCGUCUGGCUCCGCCGCCUCGCAACCGCUGCCACACCUCCUCCUCCUCCUCCGCUGCCGACUCCUCCACCGAACAAGGGGUUGAAGAAGAAAAUCCUACGCUCACUCCCGAAGCUCACUUACACGGCGGACUGCACUUCCAAGUUCACCGAGUGCGCCAUCUGCCUCACCGAGUUCGCCGCCGGAGACGAGAUCCGGGAGCUGCCUCAGUGCGGCCACCGCUUCCACGUGGCGUGCAUCGACGUGUGGCUGCGAUCGCACUCGUCCUGCCCCUCGUGCCGUCAGAUUCCGGAGGUUUCUAAUAAGUGCCACAAGUGUGGCGGCUUCCCUUCUCUUACUUAAUUGAUAUUUUCUUAAUUAUUCUUAACUUGUAAAUUUUAAUUUGUAAUCUUAAAAAGCAUUUCAGUUCAACGCUUAA